UUCGUGUUUCCUUCUUUGCGUAGUUCGUGAGAUUAUUUGAGCAUAGAUUCUGGUGAAAAAAAAGUUAUUCAAUUCCAAAGCUUCUCAAAAAAAUUAUAAUAUACAAAAUAAUAGCACUGUUUAUACAUUAUUUGCAUUUGUGUUUCUCCUUCUCCGCUCACACUCGAUGAUUCUGCAAUAUCAUCAGUAUAUCAGAUAGCAACUGCCACUCUUGUUUUUGAGUUCUGGCCUUCUUCUCAAUCUGUUAUUUUAGUUUAUUAUCUGUUGAAACAGAGGUAAAUAGUUCACUUACACAAAAUUUUCAAAGGAAUAGUAAUGCUUGUAAUGUGCAACAAAAGUCUAGGCACUUAUCCAUACCCUUUUGCUUUGCUGGAGAAAGAAAUGGUCUGAAACCCCAAAUUAGAGGCAAAUGUGGAAAGACUAGAAGAGAAAGAACGAAGCUUUACUGUUCUGAACACAGUCUUUUGUGUGUAAAGUUUUUGUAAGCAAAGAGCAAACAGAGGUGGAUAGGAAAGCAAAGGAAAGGAAAGAAGAAAUCAGCAAUGCCUAUAAGGCAAAUGAAAGAGAGUUCAGAGCAGCACCUAGUGUUAAAAACCCACUUGCAAAACACUAUGAACCAACCUCAGAAACACCAUAAAAUUGCCCAAAAUGGCAAGGGACCACCACAAUCUCAAGAAACUCACAACAGCAAACCCCAAAACCAGACCUCACCUCCAACAAAAAAUAGAGGAAGAAGAAGAGGAAGAGGUGGUAGAAAAUCUGAUCAAGGAGAUGUCUUUACGAGACCCAGUUCAAGGCCUUGUACUGUGGUGCAUAAGCCAGUGAAUCAAGCUGGUGGUCUCUUGGCAAAUGCUCCCAAUGGAAAUAGUGGAAAUAUUUGUGAAAUGGAGAUGGGUUUGGGAUUCCCUACUUCUAGCAAGUCCUUAACUUAUGCUCGUAGGCCUGGUUAUGGUCAACUUGGGACAAAAUGCAUUGUUAAGGCGAACCACUUCUUUGCAGAGCUGCUGGACAAGGACUUAAACCAGUAUGAUGUUACGAUAACUCCUGAAGUGGCAUCAAGAACUACUAACAGAGCUAUCAUGGCAGAGCUUGUGAGGCUCUACAAAGAAUCUGACUUAGGAAUGAGACUGCCUGCUUAUGAUGGCAGAAAGAGUCUUUAUACAUCUGGUGAGCUUCCCUUUGCUUGGAAGGAGUUCAUCAUUAAGCUUGUUGAUGAAGAUGAUGGAGUCAAUGGCCCCAAGAGAGAAAGGGAGUACAAAGUGGUAAUCAAGUUUGUUGCGAGGGCCAACAUGCAUCAUCUGGGUCAAUUUUUAGCUGGUAAACGUGCUGAUGCUCCACAGGAAGCUUUGCAAAUUCUUGACAUUGUACUGAGGGAGCUCUCAACAAGGAGGUACUGCCCAGUUGGUAGAUCCUUCUUUUCACCAGAUAUUAGAGCACCACAGCGACUUGGUGAUGGCUUGGAGUCAUGGUGUGGGUUUUACCAGAGUAUAAGACCUACACAGAUGGGCCUGUCACUGAAUAUUGAUAUGGCUUCAGCUGCAUUCAUUGAGCCUCUCCCUGUAAUUGAGCUUGUUGCCCAGCUUCUAGGCAAGGAUGUGCUAUCAAGGCCAUUAUCUGAUGCUGAUAGAAUUAAGAUCAAAAAGGCUCUCAGAGGAGUUAAAGUUGAAGUAACUCACAGAGGAAAUGUACGAAGAAAGUAUCGUGUCUCAGGAUUGACAUCUCAACCUACGAGAGAACUUGUAUUUCCUGUUGAUGAUAACUCAACUAUGAAGUCAGUAGUAGAAUAUUUCCAAGAAAUGUAUGGCUUUACCAUUCAACAUACACAUCUACCUUGCCUUCAAGUAGGAAACCAGAAGAAAGCCAACUAUCUACCAAUGGAGGCUUGCAAAAUUGUAGAGGGGCAAAGAUAUACAAAAAGGCUGAAUGAGAGGCAAAUUACUGCCCUGUUGAAAGUUACAUGCCAACGACCUAGGGACCGGGAAAAUGACAUUUUACAGACAGUUCAGCAUAAUGCUUAUGAUCAAGACCCUUAUGCAAAGGAAUUUGGAAUUAAAAUCAGCGAAAAGCUAGCUUCUGUUGAGGCUCGAAUUCUCCCUGCCCCUUGGCUGAAAUAUCAUGAUACUGGAAAGGAAAAGGAUUGCUUGCCUCAGGUUGGCCAAUGGAAUAUGAUGAACAAGAAAAUGAUCAAUGGGAUGACUGUAAGUAGGUGGGCUUGUAUUAACUUUUCAAGGAGUGUGCAAGAGAGUGUUGCUCGUGGGUUUUGCAGUGAACUUGCUCAGAUGUGCCAAGUGUCUGGCAUGGAAUUCAAUCCAGAGCCUGUUAUCCCAAUUUACAGUGCCAGGCCUGAGCAAGUUGAGAAAGCUUUGAAGCAUGUUUAUCAUGCUUCCAUGAACAAAACCAAAGGAAAAGAGCUGGAGCUUUUAUUAGCUAUUCUACCUGACAACAAUGGCACCCUAUAUGGUGAUCUCAAAAGGAUCUGUGAAACGGAUCUUGGUUUAAUAUCACAAUGCUGUCUUACAAAACAUGUCUUCAAGAUCAGCAAGCAGUAUCUGGCUAAUGUGUCCCUUAAGAUUAACGUUAAGAUGGGUGGCAGAAAUACUGUCCUUUUGGACGCCAUAAGCUGUAGAAUACCAUUAGUUAGUGACAUACCAACCAUUAUAUUCGGAGCAGACGUGACUCACCCAGAGAAUGGGGAGGAUUCAAGCCCCUCAAUUGCAGCUGUAGUAGCUUCACAGGACUGGCCUGAAGUGACAAAAUAUGCUGGAUUAGUUUGUGCUCAGGCUCACAGGCAAGAACUCAUACAGGACUUGUACAAAACAUGGCAAGAUCCUGUUCGUGGUACUGUUAGUGGUGGCAUGAUCAGAGAUCUUCUGGUCUCGUUUCGGAAGGCAACAGGCCAGAAACCGCUAAGGAUUAUAUUUUACAGGGACGGUGUUAGUGAAGGGCAAUUUUAUCAAGUUCUGCUUUAUGAAUUAGAUGCAAUAAGAAAGGCCUGUGCUUCUCUAGAACCAAACUAUCAACCUCCUGUGACUUUCAUUGUUGUACAAAAACGCCACCAUACUCGAUUGUUUGCUAACAACCAUAGGGAUAGGAGUAGCACAGACAAGAGUGGGAACAUAUUACCUGGCACUGUGGUUGAUUCUAAAAUCUGUCAUCCGACAGAAUUCGAUUUUUACCUCUGUAGCCAUGCUGGUAUUCAGGGGACUAGUAGGCCUGCUCACUACCAUGUUCUGUGGGAUGAGAACAACUUCACUGCAGAUGGAAUCCAGUCUUUGACAAACAAUCUGUGUUACACAUAUGCAAGGUGUACUCGCUCCGUUUCCGUUGUACCUCCGGCAUACUAUGCGCAUUUAGCUGCUUUUCGUGCCCGGUUUUACAUGGAGCCAGAAAUGCAGGAUAACGGCUCAACAGGUACCAGGGGAACACGAGCAGCUGGAGAAACUGGAGUCCGGCCAUUGCCAGCCUUGAAGGAAAAUGUGAAGAGAGUAAUGUUCUAUUGUUAAAAAGACGACCAUGGGAGCACAGCAGGAAAUCCAACACAACAGUAGAGAUAUUUCCCUUGUAUAUGUGACAUAACACAUGCAUACAUGAUUGCAAGAUCUCUUCCAUUGUCGGUUGCUGCUGAUUAGAAGUGUUAGACAUGGUUGCUGGAAAGCAAAUGGAAAAUGCGAAGUAACAACCCAAAACGUAGGAGAUAGUUGUAGUCCUGUCAAGUAACCAUUCAUCUUGGAUAUGUCAAUGAAGGCCUUGUAAAGAAAUGUUUAUUUAUGAUCAGUCUUAUAUAUGUAGGAAAAUUUUGCCUCAUCGGAAGUAGUGAAUUUUCAUGUCUAAAAUGUUGCACUUGGAUAAUGUAUAGUAAUAAUAAUCUUUGAUUUUUAACUAAUA